GCAGGCUGAUGGUUGCUACAUCAUCAGCCCGCGCCAGGCGCCCGUGGGCGGGAGGAUGGCGGAGGCGGCGGGGCUGAAGCUGCUGCGAGCUGAGUGCUGGCGGUCCCUUUGCAGGGAAGGUGGAAGAAGAAGAUGGCGUUUGCCAUCCUUGCACUCACCUUAUAGAUGCUGUAGUACUGGAACGACCUAUGAAAACAUCAACAAGCCAGUUCUUGACCGUAUAAUCAGAGUGGAUCAUGCUGGGGAAUAUGGGGCGAACCGCAUUUAUGCAGGACAAAUGGCAGUACUAGGGAGAACUUCAGUAGGACCAGUUAUAAGGAAAAUGUGGGAUCAGGAAAAGGACCAUUUGAAAAAGUUCAGUGAGUUAAUGAUCUCGUACAGAGUCCGGCCAACCAUUCUGUUACCUUUCUGGAACGUUGCAGGGUUUAUGUUAGGUGCUGGGACUGCCUUGCUUGGAAAAGAAGGUGCAAUGGCUUGUACUGUGGCUGUUGAGGAAAGCAUAUCUCACCAUUAUAACAACCAGAUCAGGACACUUGUGGAAGAGGAUCCAGAAAAAUACCGAGAAAUAUUAGAGGUAAUAAAGAAAUUCAGGGAUGAGGAGAUGGAGCAUCAUGACAUUGGACUUGAUCAUGAUGCAGAACUGGCUCCAGCGUAUUCCAUUUUGAAGAAUGCUAUACAAAUGGGAUGUAAAGCUGCAAUUUUUUUAUCGGAAAGAAUAUAGUGAAGUUUUGGGCAAUAGUGUAAUAAGUUUUGAAUAAAUGGAUUAUUAUAGCAUCAUUCAAAUAAUAUAAAAGUAAAAUCACACAGCGAUGCAUCUUUUUUCUUCCUGUUCUGUCCAUACAAGCUAUCUUAUAGCAGCACCAAAAAACAAACAAACCCUAGGGUUGAUGGGAUGGCAUGAUACCUUGAGCAAAUAGUUUGAUCUUUCACUUGGUAAGAAUAGUAAUUAUAUCUACACAUAAGAUAGCUAACUGAAUUUUAAAUGUAAGUGAAAAGGUGUAAACAUCCACAGCAUAUAUGUGGUAGUAUAGAAUACACGUACCAUUGUAGCAAUCCAGAUCCUUAUCAGGAUCAGAUUUGACUUGUCAAAAUCCCUUUUCCCUCUGGUUGGAAAAGGGAAGCAGGAGAAGGCUUGCAAAAGCUUUUGCAGAUCCAGCCCCCUCCCCGCUACUUAAGAUCAGGGACUUAAAGUGUGGAGACUUACAGAGGCUUUUCCAACCCUCCUCCCUCUUUCCUUUUAAGUUCCUAAGUUCUUAAAAGGGAAGAAGGAAGCAGCUUUCAGAAGCCUUUGUGAGUUUCCCCCAUCCCUUUUACAUCUCCAGUCUUAUGCCGCUCUCAUGCCAGUCUUUAAAUCAGCUGAUGAAUGAGCAGAAAUUGAAUUCUGCUUCCUAGGCUAUAUAAACAGACAACACAGCCAAUGGAGGGUUAAAUUGGGUUGUCCUGCCCAUCAGCUGAUGUCAGUUGAUGGAUGGGAGUGGUUUGAGGGGAAUAGCCUGGCAGGCCAAUAGCCCAUAGGCUUGAGGCUCCUCACGCCUGCAAUAGUUGGAGGGAAAUAAAACAACCAUUGCUUCCUACUAUGAUGACAGCUAUUCAUGUGGGCUACAUCUCAUUGAAACCAGUGCUGAGUAAUCAGGUUUAGGAUUAUGUUGCAGUUGUGCGGUGUGGGUGUCUUCAUUCCAAGUAGGGAAGAAAACGUCAUUUAAAUAUUUUUUACCAGGAGUUUAAAAUGACUGCAAGCAGCUUUAUUUGCGCAAGGCCUCUGCUUUGGGAAAGGUCAAGGGACAGCGAAGAAAACCAUGUUGGACAUGUGCCGAGUACACCUGCCCAAUGACCUCUUGAUAUAAA